AUUGGAUCGACUCGUCUUCUCUCCUGACUCAUGACUCGCCCACCGUCAGCCGGUCGUCAGGGGCGACCACAAGCCGCGUGGACCACCGUCAUGGACGCUCCGUCACCAGGCAGACGCCCGGGCGACCAGGAAGUGGUGGAGAGGAUGAAGUCUUCGGUCGACGAGCGGCUGAACCUCCUGGGUGAGAAGCUGGACGCCAUCAUCACCCGUCCGGUCGACGUGUCCUCGUCCAUGGAGGUGCAGCUGGGACCAGACCUGGAGGACCUGAGCGACCGGCUUCAGAAGGAAGUCAUGUUGCUGUCCAGCGGUGAGCUCUCCCCCUGCUGGAGGCGAGGCCAGCGGCUGGGCCAGCGGCUGGAGCGGGUCCAGUCCGCCCUGCGCUGCCUCGGCGGCCUCCUGGCCGCACUGAGGCGGGUGGAGGCGGAGCAGCCCGCCCUGCUGCCGGACUCCCAGGCGGCGCUGGAGCAGAGGGUCCGGGCGCUGGUGGAGCAGGCGGAGGACGCUGACGGGAGGUUGAGAGCGGCUGGCAUGAGCGUGACUCUCCACGGGGUGGAUGUGGACUGCUGCUGCCUCACCAUCAUGUCCACCCGACGACUCACAGACCUGAUCAGCGACGAGGACACGGACCAGGUCUUUCACUCAGCAGAGGUGGAGCACUCUGGAGCUGAUCCACGGCUGCCGACUCGUGUCUGCUCCCCAGCCAGGCGCCGUGAUGAUGAUGAUGAUGAUGGUCAGAGGGACAUCACAGAAGGAGCAAUGAUGGGAGGAGACCAGGUGGAGCAGAGAGUCCAGAGGAAGAGUUCCCUGCUGACAGAGCUGGAGGAGAUACGAGGAUGUGCCCAGGACCUUCAGCUGCAGGAGGCCACUUUACCUGCCCUGCAGCACAGGCAGCGUGUGCUGGAACGUUUACAGCAGCAGCUGACGGACCACCUUCCGGAGGUGAAGGCUGUCAGCGACGUGCCGCUGCAGGAGGGCGGGACCAGAGCGCUGAGCCUCGUGUGGGAGGAGGCCAGCAGGGCUGUGACGGACAGGCUGGACCAGUGUUCCACUCUGACCGAGCUCAUCAAGAAGUUCCAGAGCGUCAGCUCCAAACUGAGGUCUGCACUGCUGCGAGCAGACAGCCGAGUCGCAGAGCAAAAGUUCUACAUGAGCAAGGAGAACCUGGAGAAAAUGCACUCGCAGGUGGAGGAGUCCAAGGCCCAGCUGGUCAGCCUCGUGGCCACCAUUGGGGACCUGCGCUCCACCUGCCGGAAGCUUCACACUCACCUGCGACAGGUGCCGGGCUGUUCCGUGGACCCGUACGAGGAGGAAGCCGACGCCCUGAUGGACCAGUGGCUGGACAUCUGUGAGAAAACCGACUGUCGCCUGGAGAUCCUCCACAGUGUCCUGGCUCGGUGGGACAAUGCUCUUCAGCUGGGGGUGGAGCUGGAGUCCAGGACCCACCCUGAAGAAUCCCUCCACGUCCUGCAGAGGGAGCUCCAGACCCAGGAGGAGAUCAUGAGAGCUUUCCACAGAAGGCUGACUGAGAUCCAAGUGCUGCUGCAGAGUUCAGAGCCUCCGCUGGAGCUGCAGGUGGCAGAGACUCAGAUGUUGAAGGAGAUGCAGCAGCUGAGGGAGUUUGUCUGUCUGCAAGAGAAGACGGUCGCCCAGGAGAACGAGCCCAUGGAGCGGGAGGAUGAAGCAGCAGAUCACCAGCAGCAGGAGGAACCGAGGGCUGAGGGGACCAGGCCUUGUUGGAACCUGAGGGGAGGCUCGCUGGCGCCGCUGGACCCUCAGCUCGGUUCGGCUGAAGAGCAGGAAAAAUCAUCUCGGCGAAACAGCGACACCUGCCGGUCAGAGUCCUGCUGCGCACCGCUGACGGAGGAGCCGAACGCGAGCGUGGUUGGUGGAUACCCGCGGGGCAGGUGCGCGCGCCAGGCCGAGGCCGAGCUCCCCGGAGACACGCGCUCGGAGCCGGGUGCAGGGGGCGGGGCCAGCGCGCAGCCGCGGGAGGGUUGGGCCUCAAGACUGACGCCGUUGGGCUCUGGAGAUCCUGACGUCCCUGCAGGGAGCCAGCUUGACAGGAGUCUCCUGGAGCCUUCAUCACGAGAGGUCCAGAGCUCCGACUUGUCGGCGACCUCCUCCACGAUCCGUGUCCUGGUGACCUCAGAGGAGCUGGAGUCCCUCCCCCCUGCUCUGGAGCACUACCCGAGUCAGCACACGUCUGAGAUGGACAUCUUGAAGGCCAUAGAUGACGCUCUGGAGGAAGACGAGAAGCUCUGUUUCGACGCCUUCGUGGCUGGAGGCCACUCGCCUCACUGGAGCUCAUCUGCAUCUCCAGCAGGAAGGUCUCCUCCACCCAUCCUCCCUGAUCAGCCCGGUCCCUCCCCGCCAGCUUCCUGUGGACUUCCAGGACUCACCACAGCAGCAGCGUGUUCUGAGCGCAGGGCUGAGGAGACCCCUGGAUCUACUGCUCCACAGAAGAGUGGUGAGACCAUGGAGGAUUCAGAGAAGUGCUCAGAAGGACUGGAGGAGACCUCCUCUCUGGACGCACCACCAAGUCAGAGCCACGCAGACAUGGACGGCGAGCGGACGCAGGACUCACCUGGGCCUCGCUCCUGCAGACACCAGCUCACCAUGCAGGACGUCUGGGCCGGGAUCCCCGCCGUGGUGGAGAGCAGCGGCGUCCUCAGCAGGGCGCCGCUGCUGCACUCCUAUCCUGAUGAGACGGAGGUCUGCUUGGUGCGACUGGUCCACAAGGUUCUGGUGUGUCGGUACCAGCCUGCCCAGCUGGAUGCCGUGGCGAUGGCCCGGCAGCUGAAGGAGGCCGAGGAGUUGAAGUCACGUGUGGAGCAGCAGGCGGCACUGAUGAGCAGCACCUGCUCUGUGGACCAGCCUGUGAGCGUGAUGGAGGAGCUCCUCGCCGCGGCUCUGCUGGAUGCUUCGGCGACGGUGCAGGUGAAGGCCGCUCAGCUGGAUCAGGUGAGACGCUUCCACCGACAGGUGAGGGUGACCAAGGCCUUCCUGGAGGUGGUGUCUGAGGAGCACCAGAGCAGCCUAGCAAGUUUGGAGAGUGGCGCCGAGCUGGCAGACAAACUGCAAGCUCUCUACCAAACCAUGAAGGCUAAGAAGGAGAUAAUGGAGGAGCUCCGGCAACUCAGCGGCCACCUGUCCAUCCACCUGCCCAGCUGGGAAAGGUCUGGUGCUCUGUUUGCCAAGAUUGGUGAUGUUCAGGAGGAGUGGAGGUGUUUGGAAGAAAGGCUGAGGAGGGAUCUUCACCAAACGCUCAACUGUGUGCGCCACGCUUCCCGUCUGGUGUCGGAGGCCAAACAGCUGCAGGACAGGGUGGAGGCCACCCAGGAAUCCAUCGUGUCCUUCUCUGAACCUCAGGAGGUCAGACGCUGUGUGGACCUGGCUGUCACAGCUGGAGACCUGAAGCUCUAUCAGCAGCAGCAGCUACACUUGCAGGCUGAAGCUGAGGCACUCGUGCGCUUCUCCCUGGAUCCGAAGGACAAGGACGGCGUGGAGCAGCUGCUGCGAGAACUGGCCUCAAGUCUCAGCUGCGCCAAAUGCAAUCUCCAUGCUCUCCCUCCUUCCCGCCUGCUCUCCAAGCCCGUGCUGGACCUGGUCCGGUGGCUGAAGCAGGUGGAGGUCCAGAUCUGGACGGGGGAGUCCAUGUCACUGUUCCCAGAAGAAGCCCGGCUUCAGAUCACUCAGAUGAGGCAGCUUCAGACGGAUGUUUGGAGCAGAAGGUCCAAGCUGGACGUGGAAGUGAACGGCUCUGACAUGAGGGAGGAGGACCUUGAGAAAGCUUUGGAUCGUGUGGCCGACUUGUUUGAUGCAGUCACCAGCAGUGUGGAUCUGGUUCUGGUUGCCAUGAGCUCCGGUCUGCAGGAGCGAGAGGAACUGCUGUGUCAGCUGACCGGCCUGGAAGUGUGGCUGGAUGAAGCCCACGCCCAGAGACAUUCCCACGCUCACCUCGAGGACAUCUGUGAACUGCAGACGGUGGAGUUGAAGCAUAUGUUGAGGAGCCUCACCUCGGCUGUGUCCGAGAUCCAGAUGAAGCUCAGUCUGGUGGAGGAGCUGGAAAGCAGGAGCCAGGGAUGGAUGGCCAGUCUGAGCCUGGAAGAGAGCCGCCACCUGGUGAACCGACUCUCUGGCCUGUGGACUCAGCUGGACAGAAUGCUUGUCUUCGAGAGAGCGACCAAGUGGCAAGUAGACGAGCUCCUCCGCCAGAGGACCACCUCGGAUACGGACCUGGCUGCUCUGGAGGAAAGCCUGGAGAAGAUCUCUACUCAGAUGGAGCAGCUGAAGUUUCCUGUCACUCAGGAGACCCAUCUCAGCAUCGCUCGGCUCAGACAGCAGCUGCUGGAGUAUCAGUGUCAGGUCCAGGAGGUUCAGCACUGCCUGGAGAGCCGGAGGAGUUCCCUGCUGCGUGGCAUCGGCGAGCUCCAAGAUCGAUGCAAAGCUCUGAGCGUUCAGGCCUUUGAGCAGGAGAAGUAUCUUCAGCUGAGGAAGCACAUGGAAAGUUCACGUGAUCGCUCAAGGGAGCAGAUGAAGCGCUCCAGAGAGAAGCAGCACAGUGUCGGACAGAGGUUCCACCUGAGCCAGACGCUCCUGGUGGAGCUCCCUGCGGUGAAGACGCUGUGUCAGGAAGCAGCUGAUCAGCUGGAGGCCAUAUCCCAGGACCUGGAGCCUCUGGACUUGAACUCUGAGAGACAGAGGAUCCAGCGCACUGUGGACACGCUGGUCAUCCGGGAGCUGUCUGUGACGGACGAUGUUCGGACCCUGGAGGCCAAACUCCUGCUGGGCCUGCGCUUCUCCACUGAGCUCUCCUCACUGACCGAGUUUUUCCAACAAACCCGGAGGGAACUGAGAGACCCAGAUGCCCUGCGUCCCGACGAGGAGGCCAUCGAUGCUGCGCUGCGACACUGUUGGAUUCUGUGGAGGAACAUGGAUUCUGGGAUGCGAGUGUUCGAGGCUCUGGGGAGGAAACAGAAGUUCAAGCGCAGUGAUUUUGGCGAGCUUUAUGCUCUGAAAGAGGCUGCCGUGCUGGAAUGUCAAGCUCAGAUGGAAAGUCUGUCUCAGGCCAGAGAAUCCCUGAAGGACUUUCAGUGGGCAGCUCAAGGAGCCAUCGCUUUCCUUCGGGACGCGGAAGCCUCCUUCCUGUCGGCUCACGGAGGCUUUCUGGACUGUAGCCAAGAGCACCUGGAGACGCAGAGGGCGCUGCAGGUCCUGGGAGAAGGGUUCCGCUCUCACAUGUCCCACCUGGAGGAGCUGGUGCCCAGACACCCGUGCCUGUCCCCUGAAGAGACUCGGCAGCUUCACACCAGCGUCCUGGCUCAGUUGGUGGUGGGCAGGUCGGUCCUGGAGGCUCAGGCCCAGCUCCGGCUGGAGGCGCUGCAGAGAUGCAAAGGCCAUCAAGAGAAGCAUGAAAUCUCUCUGCAAGAAGUGAAGCAACAUCUUUCCGGGUUGGAAGUCAAACUGUCCGGAUGUUCUGGAGAACAUGUGACGUCGCUGGCUGAAGCCACCACGCAGCACAGACGAGUCCAGGUUCUCAUGGAGGAGCUCAGCAUCCUGGCUGGGAAGGUUGAAGAUCUGAGAGCUCCGUGUCCCAUGCUGGGCUGUGGAGUUGGGAAGGACGGUGCUCGGGGUGUCAUCUGGAGGCACUGGAUGUUCUUACGCCAUCACGUCUGCCUCCUGAUGGCUCGGAUGGAGCAUCAACGAGAAGAAUGGAAGGACAUUCAGAAGAGUAUGGAGCAGAGCUUCAGCUCCUUGUCUGGCCUCCAGACUGAGCUUGCGGACUCCUCCAACGUCAGGUUGUCCUCGGAGAAACCUCAAAAGCUCCUGGACGAGGCAGAGCGACAGCAGGCCCGACUGGAGAGCGAGCAGAGAGCUGUGGCUUCUCUGCAGCACCGUCUGGAGCAGGCCUUGCAUCUCUCCACCCCCCACGACCCAGGACCUGCUCGCCUCACGCUGCAGAAGCUGCAAGAGGACGUCAGGAGCUUGAAAGUGAAGAACAUGCUGGUGGUGGCUGCGGCUGAAGCAGAGCUGAAGGAUCAGAGGCAGAUAGAAGAGAAGCUCACCGAGCUGGAGAGAAGGGUCGAGUCCCGGGACCCGCUCGGCGCUCAGGAGGUCAGAGAGGCGCAAGCAGCGCUGAAGCUCAUGGUGGAUUCAUCGUGCCGCCAGCUUCCAUCUGACAUCAUCCGGCGCAGGCUCGCUCUGGAGCAGUCACUGCAGCAAGCGGAGGACGAGGAGAUCAUGAGGAGCGGCCCGGUUCAGGAGCUGCUCGGUCGAGUGGCGGAGUUGGGCUCCGGUCUGGAGGACGUGAAGAAGCUUCUGGAGCUGAAGAGCCCGUCUGUCAUCGAGGCACAGGGGGCGCUGAAGCACGUUUGGGACGAGCUGGACACGUGUCACAACCGACUGACGCUGCUGGAGAGCGAUGUCCAGGAUCUGGUGGAGGACCGGCCGGACCAAGCCCACCUCUUCAUGGAUCAGCUGACCCAGCCGCUGCAGCUCUACCAGGACGUGGCCAAGAUGGCCGAGCAGCGCACCAACUUCCUCAGCAAGAUCCCUGCCUGCCUGCAGCAGUUGGAGGACCUACAGCACAGCACCACCUGCUGGUUAGAGGAGGCCCAGUCCUGGAUCAGUGCCCCCAGCUCCUUCACCUCGGCAAGAAGUCUCCAGAACUAUGGAAACGCUCUGCAGUUGGUUCUGGACGACUCGGAGCGGAUCCGUGACGACCUGCAGGACUUCAGGACGGUUCUGGCCGAGGUGUGGUCGGUGUGUGACGUGACGGACGAGGAGACCCGCCUGGACCAGAGCGACCAGCGGGUCCAAACCAUGCAGCGCAGCAUCCUGGAGCCGCUGGAGCUGCUGCUGCAGGCGGCCGUGUUGGUGGAGGCGAUGGAGACGGAGCUGAAGACCCUGGAGAGGAAUGUUCUGAAGAUCCAGGCCAUCCUGGAGUCCGUGGAAAACCCCAGCAUCCCUCCGAGCGAGCACCUCAACAACCGCCAGGUGAUCCUGGCCAACCUGCAGUCCAUGAGGAGAACUCUGGAGGACAUGCAGAGCUGCAGAGCAGAGCUUCACCUCCCUCCCCAAGCUCACGAGAGCCUGCAGGUGUUCUCCAGAGUGGAGGUCCUCCUGCAGACACUGCGAGAGCUGGAGCAGCUGACUCAGGAUCAGGUCGCGCUGCUGGAGAACCAGAUGGUAGAGGACUCAAGAGCGUCGUCCUCUGGGAGUCUGGACGCUCUGGUGGAGACUAUUUCAGAGGAAGACGAGGACGCUGAAGACGACAGUUGUAGCUCGUCGUCCUCUGACACACUAACAUGCAGCCUUCCCGAGGAUCCCGAGGAGACGCCGUGUGCUGUGAGAGAGGAUGAAGCAGGGAUGAAGACCACAUCACUCGUCAAGGAGUCCAGAGGAGCAGCCUGCAGUUCGGGAAGUGAGGACGCGGCUGAAGGGAAGCAGGCAGCGCAGAGUCUGACCGCUCAGAGUGGUUCUGAAGCACAGACGGGCUCACAACCAGAGGAGACUCUGGACACAGGCGGCCCUGUGGAACAGGGAGAGGACAUGAAUCCACCUGGGGCUGAAGAGAAUCCGACGCACCGCGGAGCUACAUCAGAACCUCCUGCCUCAGACCCUCCGGUCCAGCGGGAAGUGGACUCCCCCACUGAUCCUGGUCCAGAAGCAGCUGAGGUGUGUCCUCCGCCGAACUUCUCUGGCAUCCUUCACUGGUCAUGUUUUGCGUGUGGGCAGGAUCAGGGAGACGAAGCCAUGCCAGCCUUCUGUGCUGAUGAAGCUGAAGGUCUGCUGGAGGAGCCCAGGAGGAUGGAACGAGGCAGCUCCGAGGGUGACCUGCUCCAGCUGGCCUCCACCUCUGACCUGACCUGGGACCAGCCACCCGCCCCCGGUCCGACCCACCAUCAGAGCCUGACUGACUGGCCAUGUGACGUCCCACAGGGGGAGGAUCAGGCUGCACUCUCCAGCUGGCUCUGUGCUUUCAGCCACUUGGACGGCGGUGAGAACAGUCUGACAGAAGAUCUGAGGCUUCAGCAGUGGGAGCUGGACUCAGGAGACGAGAAGGUUCUUCUGCUGGAGGUGUCACGGUCGCUGCUGCGGGGCACCGUCUGGCUGCUGGAGCUGGCAGAGGACAGAGCCGCCGGCCAGCUGAAGACGCAGAGCGGCAGCCGCACUCAACUCCAAGCUGCUGUCUGCAGACACAAGAAGCUCCAGAAGCUCCUGAGGUCCCAGCUUUCGUUCGUGCAGCACCUGAGCCAACGGGAGCCAGACGUUCUCCAGGGCCAGGAGGAGGUGCUGGUCCAAGUGAAGGCCCGGCUCGGUGCUCUGCUGGAGCAGGAAGUGGCUUCUGAAUGGAACCUGCAGAUCUGGACCUGCUGGGAGGACGACUGUAGACAACUGAACCGCAUCCUGGACCAACUUGAGGUCGUCGUCUGCGCUGAAGGUCCACAGAGCGAUGAUGAGGAGGAGGCUGCGGGACGACACAAGCUUCAGUCCUGCCAGCAAGCUCUGCUCCAGCUGGAGGAGAGUCGAGCCGCUCUGGGCCGGAUCCUGGAGCUGCGAGAGCGGCUGGGGGCCAGAGAGGCAGGGGGCGCUCUGGCGCUGCGAUGGAAGAGCCUCCACCGGCGGCUGGAGCAGGAGAUCCGGCGCUGCCGAGAUAUCCAGGAGAGUCAGAGCAGGUUCCUCUCACACUUCAGCUCCGUCAGUCAACAGCUGCUGCAGGCCCGGAAACGGCUGACCGACCUGCACUUGACCUCUGACCUGGAGCGACAGGGCGUGUGCAGGAAUCUGGUGCUGCUGCUGGACCUGUGUGCCGAGGUGGAGAACAUGUCCGUCCAGAAAGCUGCAGCCUGCAGAGACGCAGCCCGAUCGCUCGCCCUGAGAGACGCCGACUGUCCGUCACUGAGGCAUCAGCGGGAUCAGCUGGAGGCCGACUGGAGCCAGUUGACCUCUGACCUGUGGAAGACACAGGAGCAGCUGCAGCAGCACCUGCUGCUCUCCUGGCCUCCACUGGAGCUGCUGUCCCACCUGGAGCUCUGGAUCCAGAAGAGCGAGCACCGCCUGGCCGAGGAGAGGGAGGCAGCUGCCAGAGCUGAGGACGCUACUCAGAUCAGGACCAGUCUGCAGAAACACCAGGAGUUGAGAGCCAGUGUGGUCAGCGGGCAGCUCCUGCUGGACUUCCUGACCCAGUCUGGACCUCAGGCGGCAGGCGAGGAGGUGCGGACGCUGCGCUCCACACGGACCACCUUUGCCGAGCGAGUGGGAGAGGUCAGACUGACGUGGUGGAGUCAGCAGAGGGACGUGGAGCGCCAGAUUUGCAGGCUGGAGCAGCUCCUCCACACGUGUUCCCUGCGAGAGAGGCAGCUGCUGCGUCUCCAGCGCUUCCUGGAGGAGCAGAAGAAGCUGCUGAGUCAGAGCAAGCGCCUCUGCUGUCGCGCUGAGGCUCGCCUGCUCCUUCAGAACUGGGAGGUGGAAGCUGGAGGUCUGGAGACGGCGUCUGCCGAGCUGCAGCAGCUGAAGACGACCUGUGUGUCGGAGGAGAAGCUCCGGUGUGACGAGGUGCUCGCACGCCGGGCCGAGAGUCUGAGGGGAUCCUGCGAGGAUCUGAUGCAGCAGGCCAAACAUCUGAGAAGCUCGUUACUGAAGACGGUGGACGACUGGGAUCAGCUGGAGAAGAAUCUGUGUGAAGUUUCUCUGCAGACCACCAGGCUGCGCUGUUCACUGCAGCAGCAGUCUGAAGCGCCUCUGCUGUCUCUGCCUCAGACUGAAGAGCUGAUCCGGUCUCUACAGGGGCUGCUGGAGGAGGCUGCUGGAGGGGAAGGUCUCUGGGCGCGCACACGCCAGUCCUCUCACCGCCUCCUGGACUCUCUGGACCAGACCAGUGCCCGGACCCUCCACACUGAUGUGGAGGAGGAGCAGGAGAGGUGGAGCCACGCCCAGCAGCAGCUGAAGGCCGUCCUGGGCCAGACCACAGAAACUCUCGCCCUCUGGCAGGACCACGACCACUUGUGGCACAUCUUCAGCCAGCACCUGAAGCAGCUGAGGGACCAGUGGAGGGCGCUGUGGGACUCUGCUGACCCGAUCACGGAGGAGAGGAUUUGCUCUCUUGAGGCUCCGGCCGCCGAGCUGAGGAGCCGCCUGGAGCCGGUGCUGGCCUCGUCCCGCUUCCUGACCCAGCACUUGGAUCCUCUCGGAGCAGAGUUGGUCCGGUCUGGGAGCCGCCUCUUGUCACGUGAGGUGACCCGCCUGACCCGAGCAGUGUCCCACACACAGAGUCGUCUCCUGGAGGAGCAGCAGUCCUUCCUCUCUCAGCUGGAGCAUUUUGAAGGUCAAAUGGAGAAGAUUCUGCUGGAACAUCAAGCUAAUGACCUGGAGUCAGCUAAGCAGCAGCUCCUACAGCUCUGUGGCCUCCUCCCGUUUCUGCUCCACCUGCAGGAGUCCAGCAGCAGGCAGCACAGCACAGAGGCUCUCGCUGCACGCUGGCGCCACAGUGUGGCGCGCCUGUGUGGCACCUUCAGCCGAGUGCAGACGGAGAGUCUGCAGUCACUGCAGCUCCUCCAGAAGAGCCGCCUCCUGAUGUCCAUCUCAGAGAACAUCGCUCAGAUGCUUUCUUCCAGCAGCGACUGGGACCUUCAGGACUUGGUCUCCCAGCAUCAGAAACUGGGACUCGACCUGAUGACUGGAAACCUGCUCCUCCGACUUCUUCUCCUACGAGCUGCAGAUCUCCAAACUGAGGAGGAGAGGUCCCAGCUGCUGACCCUGAAGGAGACCUGGACCCGGUCUCAGGCGCUGGCCCUGCAGCGUCAGGAGUCCACCAGAGAACAGCUCAGCCAGUGGAGGCGCUACAGACACGGGUCCAGGCAGAUCUUGGAGUUGCUGCAGGAAGUGGACUCUCUGCUGCCCCCUGAUGGUGCUGAGCCGAUGACACUGCAGGAACUGCUCACUGGUGUGGACCAGAACCAGGCCGGCGCCGAGGCGCUGGCUCGUCACUGUGGCGUGCUCAUGCUGGCGCUGCAGGCCCAGUGCCGUGGGUGUGAGCCCCUGCUGAAGGACACGGAGGAGGCCUGGAGCCGCACCAGCCGGAGCCUGGAACUCAGGAGGGACGCGAUCCGCUCGGCUGCUCAGAAAUGGACUCGGUGUCACGCGACGACGACUAAGAUCCGGUCAGAACUGGACGAGCUGAGGCGUCGUUUGUGUGAGCCAUGGCAGGAGUCUGAGGAGGAGACGCUGCUCCAGGAUUCCGAAGUCUCCCUCCACCUGCUGUCCUGCGGGCUGCGGGACGCUGGCGGGAUGAAGGCCGACCUGAGCGGGUACAUGCUGACCGGCGACUCGGCGCUGCUGGAGCAGCAGCUGGAGCAACUGCAUGGACAGUGGGAAGAGCUGUGUCUGAAGGUGUCGUCGCGCCGGCAGGAGAUCGCCGACCGCCUCAGCGCCUGGACCAUCUUCAACGACAAGAACAAGGAGCUGUGCGACUGGCUGACGCAGAUGGAGAACAAGGCGUGUCAGCGCGGCGACCUGAGCCUGGAGGAGAUGGUGGAGAAGCUGAAGAAGGACUGCAUGGAGGAGAUCAACCUGUUCAGCGAGAACAAGAGCCACCUGAAGCAGCUGGGCCAGCAGCUGUUGAUGGCCAGCGAGGAGGCCAAGCAGAGCCAAGUCCAGGGCUCUCUGCAGGAGGUCCACCAGCGCUGGCACAGCCUCUUCCAGCACAUCGAGGCCCGGGUGAAGAAGCUGAGGGAGACUCUGGCCACCGUGCAGCAGCUGGACAAGAGCAUGAGCAACCUGCGCGCCUGGCUGUCCCGCGUGGAGGCGGAGCUGUCGCGGCCCGUCACCUACAGCCAGUGUCACCACCAGGAGAUCCAGAGGAGGCUGGCCGAGCAGCAGGAGCUGCAGCGGGACAUCGAGCAGCACACAGAGGGCGUGGCCUCUGUGCUCAGCCUGUGUGACGUCCUGCUGCGGGACGAGGACGCCGGCGAGACGGAGGGCGACUCCCUGCAGGAGACCAGCCGCAGCCUGGACCAGCGCUGGAGGACCAUCUGUGCCCUGGCCCUGGACCGCCGCCUCAGGAUCGAGGAGACCUGGAGGCUCUGGUGCAAGUUCCUGGAGGACUACUCUCGCUUCGAGGACUGGCUCAAGAUGGCGGAGGUCACGGCCGCCAACCCCAACUCGUCGGACGUCCAGUACACGGUGGCCCGCGAGGAGCUCAAGAAGUUUGAGGGCUUCCAGAGACAAGUCCACGAGCGGCUGACUCAGCUGGAGCUGGUCAACAACCAGUACCGACGCCUGGCCCGGGAGAACCGCACUGACCGAGCCAGCCAGAUCCGAGCCAUGGUGAACAAGGGGAACCAACGCUGGGACACGCUGCACCGCCGGGUCGCCGCCGUGCUGCGCAGACUGAAGCACUUCACCAGUCAGAGGGAGGAGUUUGAGAGCACCCGCGAGAGCCUGCUGGUCUGGCUGACCGAGCUGGACCUGCAGCUCACCAACGUGGAGCACUUCUGCCAGAGCGACGUCCACCACAAGAUCCAGCAGCUCAGCAGCUUCCAGAGGGAGAUCACGGUCAACACGGAGCGCAUCGACGGCCUCAUCGUCUUCGGGGAAGGUCUGAUCCAGAAGAGCUCGCCGCCGGACGCCGCGCUGAUCGAGGAGGAGCUGGAGGAGCUGCACUCCUACUGCCAGGAGGUCUUCGGCCGGCUGGUGCGCUUCCACCAGAGGCUCAGCCAGCCCCCGGCCAGAGAAGAGCCCGAGCUCUCCGACUUCUCCCUGGAGUCCAGCCUGGAGCUGAUUGGCCGGCCCUGGCUGGGGCGGAGCCUGAGCAGCCUCCCGGCCACGCCCUCCCAGCUGCUGACCUCACCCCUGACCCGGUCCGGCCGGGAGACCCCCGUGAGCGUGGACUCUCUGCCGCUGGAGUGGGACCACACCGGGGACGUGGGCGGCUCUUCCUCACACGAGGAUGAGGAGGAUGAGCUGGAUGAUGAAGGCUCCUACUUCAGCACCUUGUCAGCGCCUCGGUGGCGUCCUGCCGCCGAUCCAGACCUGCAGGACGUGGCGGCAGAGGCCGAGGCUCCGCCCACUCUGACCAGCACGCCGCUCAAACCCACAUAUCUGAGUCUGUCGUCCUGCUGCGGCACCGAGGACCUGCGGCGCGUGGAUGAGCCGGACCAUCAAGACCAGCCGGGUCUGACGGGCCUGGGGGCCUCCGGGCUGCAGUCGGGUGUGAUCGAGCGCUGGGAGCUGAUCCAGGCUCAGUCCAGGAACCAGCAGCGCUCCGGACUCUCCGACUCCGACCUCCAUGAUGUCACUUCCUGGCUGGAGGCCGUGGUCCCCGAGCUGGAGCGCCACCUGCAGUCCGACUCCACAGACAUGGACGAGCUGUUGGCCGGCGCCAGUGACCUGAAGGAGAUGCAGCGGGACUCCGCCCACAUCAAGUCCCUGGUGAUGUCCCUCAACCUGAGCGCGCCCAGCGAGCCGGGCCAGCAGGAGCGGCUGGCGCUGGCGAACCGGGCCUGGAGCCGCGUCUGCACCGGACUCCAGCGGUGGGACACCAGUCUGAGGGCCCGACUGCUGCGGUGCCAGGAGUUCCACCAGAGUCUGCACUCGCUGCUGCUGUGGCUCGCCGACGCCGAGAGCCGCCGCCUCGCCGUCGACAUCCGCGACCCGGGGACGCCGGCCAGAGCGCUCAGGCGGCAGCACCGGACCCUGACGGACCUGCAGGGGGAGCUGCAGGAGCGACGUGUCCAGCAGGAGGCGCUGCACGCUCUGUGGUCGCAGCUGCGCCCUGAACACGAGGCGGACGACGGCGAGGAGUCACAGGAGAAGAUCCACGUGACCGGCACCAAACUGGCGUCCCUGCUGGCGCAGGUGCAGGACGACCUGGCGCUGCUGCGCCGCCGCUUGGUAGGUCCGGCUCUCCGCUGCGUCGCGCACGUUUCUUCGCACCUGCCUGACUGCACGUCUACACACGGCUCCGUCUCACAGGACGCCGCGCCUGAUGCACCUGACGGCGCCGCAGCGGACGCCUCCAGAAGCAGCCUCCCGCGGAGAAGAGAGCGGAGCGCCGCGCGCUCCUUCUUCGGACGCGUCCUGCGCGCCGCGCUGCCGCUGCACCUGCUGCUGCUGCUCCUGCUGCUGCUGCCGUGUCUGCUGCCGCUGGGCCUGAGCGAGUCCGGCUGCGCCGACGUCAACAACUUCGCCCGCUCCUUCCACCCCAUGCUGCGCUACACCAACGGGCCCCCGCCCACGUGACCGCGCCCCCUAGAUCUUUACCUGAUGUUAAUGAGAGCUGUUUAUUUAUUGCAACCAAACUACCUGCUCAGAGUUGAACUACACGUCGUUCACUGGCGACGACGGUGCCACCCGCGAGUUCUGAAUCCAAGUCCAUCAAACUUCAGCUACACUUUAGAUCAGACGUCUGUCGAGUUUUAAAGCUUUUUAAAAUAAAAUUCUUUACUUCGUGAACCGGGUUGAAUAUUUCAAAUUCUUCUGAACGAUCGGGCCGCAGGUCUGAUGUUGGUCAGCGACGACGGCGAGGUCACAGGCGACGAGUCAGACUGAACUGAAAGAUCGGGUUUAACAAGCGCUGAUGGUUAAUCCGACCAGUCGCUGGAGACGAGCCUCACCCAGAUGUUGGUCAGGGCUGAGCGACCAGGCCGUGACACCUGUUGACCUGAACCAUCUUCUGCUCAAUCGUUCAAGUCGCUCAUGAAGUUCUUCAGGUCUGGACUCCAUCUUCCUGCCUGGCGCCCCGUGAGGGUCCGGUCGCUCAGCGUCCAGACGUCGUGAAGGUCCAGGCCUGGAGCACCUCCAGCAGGUCAGAGAACACACAGCCACACACACACACCACAGUUUGAGCCCAGACUUUACUGGUCACACAAAUCAGAGCUGCAGCAGAGACAUGGCAAGUGAGAAGCAGUGGACCACCCGGGACCUGCUCCUGGCCCCCGUGGUCCUCACAGAUCCUGAUUGUCCACCAGACUGAAAGCUGACAUACAAAAUACUUGUUUUAGUGCAGUGCUGCCGUGAGGGCGGAGCUCGUGAUGACAUCAUCAGGCAGGGACAUCACAUUAAGGCAGCAGAACAAUCCACCACUCAGAUUUCCUUGCAACAAAGCAGCGUGAACCAUUCGCGAGUCGGCACCGAGAGUCAGGAAUCAUUGGGUCUCAGCUGGGAGUCGCGUCUGAGCAGCAGGUCCGAGUCGAGGCGGCGCCGGAGUCACACAGCGGUGACCCAAGUUCACCACCGACAGCUGCUCCUCAGAGCUGCUGUGCCUGGUGACGGACAGGUGCAGGAGUCUCUCAGACACCGGAGCUCAGCCGUCCAGCAGAGACUCGGAGUAGAACCUGCGCUCCUCCACAGCUGGAGGUCAUGUGACGAGGGCUUUGAGAUGAAGGCUCAGAGGUGACGUUAUGACAUCAACGAUGCUGGAUCACAGCCAGUCACAUCACGAUACGUAUGGUCAUGUGACACGGAGGCACCUGGAGGCGGCCGGACUCGCGAGUCUUCACAUUCUCACUUCACGAGAAGAAGCCACUUGAUUUCACAAUGUUUUCAGACAGAACAAGAGACCUUCAGCUCGGUUGGUCCACGAUCAAGCGCCGACGUCGGCAGAAUAAUGGCACUUUGAGUGCGGGUCAGAUCUUUGGCAAAGCAGUGACGGCUGAGUGAAGCGCGGGGCGUGUCCUG